GUUCAAAACCAGUAGAAGAUCGCAAAUCGUCGCGAGAGGAAGUGUUCGCUCUUUCGGUGUUCGAGUUCCAGCCAGAUUGUCCCUGCUUGAGAUCAAGUUUUCUACUUCAGGUUAGAGUUGUUGGUUGAAGUGAUUCUGCUACAGCACACAAAAGGUUGAAUCGAUCGUUUCAUGAACCGAUAGGAAAAAUCGGGAAAACCUUAAAAUGUGGGAAAACCGUAAGAUCCUGCUGGUGACCCUGGGCAUGGGUCUGUGUUUGCUGUGCCUGGUGCAGCUGAGCUAUUCCUGCAACGAGAUGGUCUGCGCCAGCAUCGUGUCCAAGUGUAUGCUGACGCAGAGCUGCAAGUGCGACAUGAAGAACUGUUCCUGCUGCAAGGAGUGCUCCGAAUGUCUGAGCUAUCUGUACACCGAGUGCUGCAGCUGCCUGGAGAUGUGCCCGAAGCCGAACGAGACGAGCAACGAGCUGAGCAAGCAGUCCCACGUGGAGAACCUGGAGGGUUUCCCGACGCUGUUCAACGUGCUGACGGCCGAGGACGAUCCGGACGAGCGCUGGAAGGUGUUUACCUUUCCGCUGGACUUCGAUGCCGCCCUCUAUGGGACCGGAGUGGACGGGGGAAUGAAGUACUUGAUGCACUCGAGCGACAACGAUCUGAAGCCCCGCUUCGAGGAACAGUCGAAGAACACGAUCACCGUCAACUGUACCGUGGCGUACCAGGCCCAGUGCAUGUCCUGGAACAAGUGCAAGGAAAGUUGCCGCACCAUGGGCUCCUCGAGCUAUCGCUGGUUCCACGAUGGGUGCUGCGAGUGCGUCGGUCAAACCUGUAUCAACUACGGAAUCAACGAUUCCCGCUGUCAGCUGUGUCCGGAGAAUAAGGAUCAGGAUCUGGACGAUAUACCGAACGAGGAUGAUCUGGACUAUGGUGAUGGGGUGGGACCUCUGGAUAAUGGGGGCGUUGAGUCGACCAAUAUCUGAUUGGGUUCAGCCCUAGCCGGAAUGUUCAGUAGUGUUUGGGUGGUUUUGAGUCGUAUGAGUUCAUUGAGAGCGUAGGAAGGGAAAAGCGGCAAAGGUACUGUGGAAACGAUGCUAAAUUGAUUUUUUUGUUCUUCUGGAAAGUUGGAGUCUCACAUAAAUUUCCAACUGAAUGAGAAAAGCUGCUUUAAUUAUGUGCCUUAUUAAAUGAGUUUCAAUGGAAUAGCUGGCCGAAAGUUAGAAAUGUAAGAAACGGGAUGACGUGAGAACAUGCGGGACGGUAUUUAUGACGUACAAACUGUAUUAUUCGAACUUAAAGUAUUUUUGAAUGUACUUUAAAUGUUUUAGAGUUAGUUUAAACCUCGAUCGGCUAAGAUGCUACUUAACUAAAAUAUGAUGAGUUAGGAGAAAACUAAUACGUACACAUAUUUGUAAAAUAAAACACAUUUUAACCACUUAA